AUGGCGGGAAAACUAAAUUUCAAAGUCAGGAGACGAUUAAUAAUAUUUUUUUUAAUUACGAUAAAUGUGACAUUGUGUUCUGAAAUCGAAAACGACGUAUUGACUUUACAAGAUAAUUUGGAUAUAAGUGAUGAAGUGUCAGAUAGAAGAAGACCAGUGAACGGGCAGGAAAAGGAAAUUCUGCUAUUAGAUGCUUUUGGGAGGCGGAAAGGGUACCAAUCUAGCAGUUCACAGGAAGAUGACUCUAUUAUGGAUUUAUUAGGCAAAAUGAUCCCUCAAAGCUGUCGAUAUAGGGGUGCUAGAUACUCCUGUGGCUUGAGUAUAACCUGCGCGUUAGGGGGUGGCAAACCCCUUGAUCUUUGCUCCGGUGGUAUGAUAUGGGCUUGUUGUAUCAAACAGGAUACAACUGAAAGACCCAGUGAGAUUGCACCAGUUGUUCAUAAUGCUAGUGACCUAGUACAGCUCAUCGGCACAUUCCCACACGAAACCUUCGAAUACCAAACAAACACACAGUUCGAGGAUCCCAUCAUCAUUUACACGGAUACAAACCACGUGAAACCGCAUUACAACCGCCCAAAACCGGUCACAGACCGGCCGGAAGCGGACCAAACCGGUUUGAACCGACCAAAACCGGAUUGGAACAUCCAAAACUACGAUCAGAACCACUAUUACUAUGUAAAACCAUCAUAUCAUGAAAGUACAACACAAUUACCGGAUUUCUACCCGGAUAUAGGUUCAAAUAACCCGGACGGUGAUGAUGAUUAUGUGCCGGUACACACGAACGGUCAUAAACCACCGAGACCUAGCUACCCGGGCUGUGGCGAGCUCUACACACGCUCCAAUCGUAUCGUAGGUGGUCACUCCACUGGCUUUGGCUCUCACCCCUGGCAGGCAGCCCUUAUAAAAUCUGGUUUCUUAAGCAAAAAACUUGCGUGUGGAGGUGCUUUAAUAUCAGAUAGAUGGGUUAUCACCGCAGCCCACUGUGUCGCUACUACACCAAACUCACAACUCCGGGUGCGUCUCGGUGAAUGGGACGUUAGAGAUGCUGGAGAAAGAUACUCCCAUGAAGAGUUUUCAGUGCAGAGGAAAGAGGUCCACCCAUCUUACGAGCCCUCUGACUUCAGGAAUGACGUGGCUUUGGUCCAGCUUGACCAUAAUGUAGUGUUUAAACAGCAUAUAUUACCGGUAUGUCUUCCACAAAAGCAAAUGAAAUUGGCUGGAAAGAUGGCAACAGUAGCUGGAUGGGGACGGACGAGACAUGGACAAAGCACAGUCCCUUCUGUUUUACAGGAAGUGGAAGUAGAAGUGAUACCAAACGAGCGUUGCCAGCGUUGGUUCAGAGCGGCGGGGCGGAGAGAGACUAUACAUGAUGUGUUCCUUUGUGCUGGAUAUAAAGAGGGAGGUAGGGAUUCCUGUCAAGGGGACUCUGGAGGGCCCCUCACUAUGAAGUAUGAGGGUCGAAGCACCCUUAUUGGUCUCGUCUCAUGGGGCAUUGGUUGUGGUAGAGAACAUCUACCCGGCGUGUAUACAAACAUACAGAAGUUCGUGCCGUGGGUAGACAAACUUGUUAGUACG